GUCCGCAAUUGUGACUUCACCAAGGAAGACAAUACAAUGGUAUCUCUGCGCUACCCUUUCUUGUUUUCUCAGUCCCCAAAGCCCCCCAUCAACGGCCGACCCAAUGUUCACUCUCGCUCCUUCUCCGCCUCCGCCGUCGCGUGCUCCGUCGCCGCCGCUGGCGCCGCCUAUGCCAUCUCCCAAAACCCCGCUAACCCAUUUCUCCAAAAUGCUCUGAAUUUCUUGGUCUCAAAUUUCUGCAAUUACUCCUCUCCCUCCUGGGGCUCUCUCUCUCUAGCACCUGAUCCAUCUCCAAUCACUGAUCCAAGGACCGGCGUCUCGUUUCCUUCCGUUCUCGGAGAUUCUCGGCGGCUUCUCGGAAUUGGGUUGCGAAAAAAGAGUGUGCUGGGCUUGAAAAAAAUCGACGUCUACGCAUUCGGUGUUUACGCUGAUGAUGGUGAUAUAAAGAAAGUUCUGGGUGAGAAAUAUGGAAAUAUUUCUGUUUCUGAACUGAAGGAGAAGAACAAGGAGUUAUUUGAUGAUCUGAUGGAAAGUGAUAUUUGCAUGACUGUCAGACUUCAAAUUGUUUAUGGAAGAUUAAGCAUUCGUUCUGUACGCAGUGCUUUUGAAGAGUCUGUUGGAACCCGACUACAAAAGUUUGGUGGGGCAGAUAACAAAGAAUUGCUUCAAAGGUUCACAUCCCAGUUUAAAGAUGAAUACAAGAUUCCUCGAGGAUCGAUCAUAGAUCUCUCAAGGGAACAGGGCAAUGUGAUUCGCACGACAAUUGAUGGAAAUGUGGUAGGAAGCAUCCAGAGCAAACUUCUGUGCCGGUCAAUUUUAGAUCUGUAUAUCGGUGAUGAUCCAUUUGAUCGACAAGCUAAAGAAGACAUUAGGCAAAACUUGGCUUCUCUCGUUCAAAAGUAGAUUUCUGGUUUUGAAAAUCUACGGAAAAGCAUGUGAAAAAUUUUGCCUGGCCAUUUAGAUUGUACUUUUAAAUGGCACUAUAUAUUCAUCCGCGUGCGUUAUGUGCAUGUGGUGAUUGGAACCCUUCUAGAGUUUUAUUUUCCGGAUAUGUGAGUUAUGUGACUGUUCUAACAUACGUUAUGUUGAAGAUUUUCUCAAAAAUGCUUUCUCUCAUUCGGAUGUAUUUAUUUGCUUUCUUGUUUUGA